UGGCUCAUAAUGCUGGUCAUUAUCUUCUCGCAUGAUUAUCUUUUGUUGCAAACAUCUUAACGUUGACAUCCUUUUGAUACUUUCAGCUUGCAAAUGUCUCACGUUUCAACCCCGAGCAACCGUGAUGUCAUUUUCAGUCAACACCAAGGGACAAAAUGGCCGCCCACGGAAAUGAGUGCAUCAUUCAUAUUCCGGAAAUGCAAUUUUUGUCGGAAAGCCGUGUUUACACUCGUGGGGCCACAUGGAAUGUAUUAAUGUCAAAACCAUUUUUUGAGUCAAAACGAUAAAUUCCGCAGUGGCAAAUUUGGGUCCUCGAGGGGCUGCUGCAACACUAAUCAAUUACAACUUUUGGUUUUUUUUUUUUCUUCCUACUCCCGAUCAAACUGUUGGCACGUGACCAUGAAUUGGUGCGAUGGUGGACAAGCUUUAUGCGAGCGCACAAUAGCAAUUUGAAGGCAGGAAAGAGUUAAACGUUGCUGCUCUGCGCGCUGGAGGAGGUUCAAGGAGGAGGAGGUGGAGGAGGUGGAGGCCACCGUUUUCUAUUGAUAGUCAUCUUCACUCUGACUUUGGGUUCGUCGGGAACGCUGGUGGAAAGCGGGAGGAAAGGCAAGAAAAGGGAGAUGCCAGCGAGAUGAGGAGCGACGCGCCUCAGCCCGAAAGUUCACAUUUGUGUCAACGGUUAGUUUGGGCCUCCUGCCAUCUGGUGGGGGAGCGUUUGAUUGUUCUGCUUGUCACAAUAAGUCGCCGGCAUCGAGAGAUGAACAAAGGCGCAUCAUUAGUUGACCUGCUCCGUGAUUGGCUGGUGAAGAUGUCCCACCUCUUCCUGGCCGGCAUGACGGUCCCGCCGGAGGACGCCAACACGGCGUCUUUCUCCUACGAGAAGCUGAGCUCAUCCGCUCAGGACGGCAACGGCGCCGUCGUCGCGGCGACGCGAGCCCCGCGCAUGGACGAGGCGCAGCUCCUGAGCGCGGCCACCGGGGGCGCCGAGAUGUCGUGCUACCGCUGCACGGUGCCAUUCGGCGUGGUGGUGCUGAUCGCCGGCGUGGUGGUGACGGGCGUGGCCUACACCUUCAACUCGCACGGCUCCACCAUCUCCGUCCUGGGGCUGGUGCUCCUGGGGGCCGGGCUGGGCCUGCUGGGGGCCAGCGCCACCUGCUGGAGGCUGCGGAUGCGUGGGAAGAGGGACCGAAGCAGGAGGGAGAGCCAGGCCAACCUUGUGACUGCGCAGCAAGACGGCGGAUAUUCAGUCGUCGUCACAAAAUGACAAUACUUUUGUUCAAAAACAAGGGUCUUAAGAGGGUCUUUGGAAAAGGAACCCUCUCUUGACCCAAGUUUGGAAUCACAAGCGAGAAGAAACGUGAAGGACCAACUGUAAAUAGAACGGGGUGUCCUUUGGACCAAUCAGAUGAAUCGUUCCAUCAUGACGACCCAUGUGUGGGCGACUUUCUAGUUUUGAUCAACUUAAAAUCUAAAUGAUCAAUCGAUUUGUUAUAAAUAAUGACAAAAAAAUAUUUGGGGGCACAAUUAUUUUUUUUAAAUACCUGGUUAAUCCUUUUAUUGUAAAUAUAGUGCUGUAAUCAUAAUUUGAUUAAUGAUAAAUGCAAAAAAAUACAUCUAUUUUGAACUGAAACUGUUUUACAUACUUCAGUCCAUUCGAAAAACCACAAACACUUUCCCAUUCCUGGUCGAAGCCGUUUGUUGUGCGGCACCCCCCGAUGGUCAGGAGGUUAAACAACAGUCGAUAUGCCACAAUGAACUCAUAAUCUAAAUUGGAUUGAAAUUAAAAAAAAAAAAAUACAUGACUUAAAAUUAACUUUGAAGGAGCGUAGGUUAGAAUAUGAGAAUGCUGCUAAGAGGCGAUAAGAGAAAUGGUACUUCUGGAUUCUUUAUCCUUUUCGUUUUGAUAGAAGAAAAAAUGUGACAUCUCCAAACUGCAUCAGAUAAAUUGGUGAACGAUAAUUGUAUGUGUACGAGGCUUUUGGAGAUGGACUUAAUCUUUGGCCCACACUUGGUAUACAAAUGUAUUUUUGAAAGGAAACACGCACAAAUGCCAGAAAGGAAAAAAAACUUUCUUGCCAGACCUAAUAUUAUUAUUCUUAUUAUUCUUAGUCUGUCACAAAAAUAGAACAGUGAGUGUAAAGUGUAUUUGUAUUUUUCUUUUUUUCAUCGCCUUAUUUAUUCAUGCGCCACAUUGCCCUUAAGCACAACUGGAUGCAUUUCUAUGAAUAAAGACGCCAGAAGUUUG